UCCGCCACCCUCGGCACCCACCCGCCCCCGACGUGGGGUCCAAGCCCCCGGGAAGAUGGUGUCCUGGAUCAUCUCCAGAGCCGUGGUGUUGGUGUUUGGAAUGCUUUAUCCUGCAUAUUAUUCAUACAAAGCUGUGAAAACGAAAAACGUGAAGGAAUAUGUUCGAUGGAUGAUGUACUGGAUCGUCUUUGCCCUGUAUACUGUAAUUGAAACAGUGGCAGAUCAAACAGUCGCUUGGUUCCCCCUCUACUAUGAGCUUAAGAUUGCUUUUGUCAUAUGGCUACUCUCUCCUUAUACCAGAGGAGCAAGUUUAAUAUACAGAAAAUUCCUUCAUCCACUACUUUCUUCAAAGGAAAGGGAAAUUGACGAUUAUAUUGUCCAAGCAAAAGAACGAGGCUAUGAAACUAUGGUAAACUUUGGGCGGCAAGGUUUAAAUUUAGCAGCUACUGCUGCCGUCACUGCAGCAGUGAAGAGCCAAGGAGCAAUAACUGAACGUUUGCGAAGUUUCAGUAUGCAUGACCUAACAGCCAUUCAAGGUGAUGAGCCUGUGGGACAAAGACCGUACCAACCUCUCCCAGAAACAAAAAAGAAAAGUAAACCAGGCUCCGGUGAAGCAGCAGGUUACGGAAUCCCACUGAGAGAUGGGGAUGAGAAAACAGACGAAGAAGCAGAAGGGCCAUAUUCAGAUGACGAGAUGUUAACACACAAAGGGCUACGAAGAUCACAAAGCAUGAAAUCUGUGAAAACCGUGAAAGGCCGAAAAGAGGUGCGGUAUGGGUCACUAAAAUACAAAGUAAAGAAGAGACCACAAGUGUAUUUUUAGCCAUGUGCACAUCAAGUAUCCCACGUCAAAUUAUGCUAAUACAUCAACUUGUUUUUCUAACAUCAUAU